AGGGGAGGAGACGUUCCUGGAGGAGAAUGGAGCUUUCCAGUUUUCCCAGCACCGCUUACUGAAGAGAUUGUUGCCACUUUUAUUGAACAUAACUUUGGAAGUCUUAGCCACGAUAAUCAGAGAAGAAAUAAAAGGAAUCUGAAGUGGAAAAGAAGUGAAACUCUAGCUGUUUGCAUAUGACAUAAUACUACACAUAGAAAAUCCUAGAAUAAUACUAUACACAGAACACUACUAGAGCUCAUCAAGAAAUUCAGUAAAGCUGCAGGAUACAAAAUCAAUACACGGAAAUCUAAAGUGAUUCUUCAAAGCCACUGCCAAGUGGAAAACAUUUUCCAAAAUGGAGAAAAGUUGUGCAAAGGACAAUGUCAGCAGCAGGCCAAAGAUGCCAGUGAUCAAUAUUGAGGACCUGACAGAAAAGGACAAAUUGAAGAUGGAAGUUGACCAGCUCAAGAAAGAAGUGACACUGGAAAGAAUGCUGGUGUCCAAGUGUUGUGAAGAAGUAAAAGAUUACGUUGAAGAAAGAUCUGGGGAGGAUCCAUUAGUAAAGGGUAUCCCAGAGGACAAAAAUCCCUUCAAGGAGCUCAAAGGAGGCUGUGUGAUUUCAUAGAGAAAAAAAAAUGUAAUUCCAUGGAAUAUCUUGAGCUUUAAUGACAAUACUAAAUUUUGGUCAUCUGUAGUAAUACUAUUAAGCAUGUGCAUGAACUUCUAAAUUAUAAGUUUCAAUAAAACUAGGAAUGUGGUAAUG